UGCUUAUGACCAGAUAAAUUAACUAAAAUUCAACGUUCAAUGACGUUUUACCCAACUAUUUUCAUUCGUCGCCUAAUGGAAUAUCGUCCUUAUAAUCGGGUAAAGAGAAGCACCGAAACUGUCUCUGGCACUGCCGAAGCCAUAUUAUAGGUGCUGGUAACAACCACAUAGUUUCCAGAACCCUCAGUGCGAUCAUCGCGAUCGAGCCGCGAUCCAUGAUCGCGAGCUCCCCAUAGAAGAUCUCUCGUAGUGCUAUUUUGCUCCAAGGAAACAUGGUAAACGUUUCGUCGAUCGCAGUUUAAUUGUGGAUGUGCAAAGGACAGUGAAACGUUUAGUAUACUAUAUUUCAUUUACGUAGCUGUGAUAAAAUCAUCCACGAUUAAGGAUCAGAUGUGUAGAUGAAGAAAUAAUUAUUGAAUAAAAAUGGAUUGAAGUGAUGGAUUCUAAUAUUGUGAUCUCUCUUUUGGAUUCAAAUAAUCAACCUUUGCACAACCAGUAAUACAGUGUUUAUAAAUUACCAAAGAAUUCUUUUAUUACAAGAUGAUCUGGUAAUAAGACUUGUACAAAAAUUCCAAAAAUCGCUGAUUCAUUGCGACUAUUCGAAGUGGUAUAUGUUAAAAAUCGUAAUUACAGAAUUUGAUGACGAUGGUGAAGCUCGAAUGCACGAGUUGCCCGUGCAGUAUCCACCGUGUUUCUUCAACCCUCUUUGUACCUGUUCGAAAGCCAUUCCCGAUCUUGGCAUAGUCACCUGUUACAAUGUGCCGAUGCCACGGAUCCCUCAGCCUAUCAAUUCCUCCAAGGUGUUCAUGCUACAGUUGGAGAACAAUGGACUGAUGUUCUUGCAGCCGCAGUUUCUUAUGAACACAGGUCUGUACAGUCUACGGAUCAAGCAUAAUCCCCUGGCCGACAUCCCGGACGAAGCUUUCCUAGGGCUUGAGAGAUCGUUAUGGGAGCUCGAAUUACCCUACAAUCGGUUGGAAAGGGUUCCCAGCAGGUCGUUCAGGCAUUUACAGAAACUGCAACUUCUCGACCUGACAGGUAACAAGAUAUCGAAAAUAGUGCCAGAAAAUUGGCGGGGAUUGGAGAAUUCUUUGCAAAAGUUACGAUUGGGUCGAAACGCGAUCGACAAACUUCCGGCCGAUGCGUUCGCCGGUCUCACUUACCUAGACAUGCUCGAUCUCCGAGAGAACAACCUGAAGGAGAUCGAUCCUUCGGUGUUUAGAGACGGCAUGGCACACCUGGUGCACCUAUACCUGAAUGGAAAUCAACUGACUCACGUUCCGUACGCGCAAUUGUCCUCUUUGAAACGCAUGAAGGUGCUUGAUCUCAGCUACAACAGGAUAUCGAAGAUGUUGAACCAUCAGCAAGAACCCGAAAUCAGAGGAUUACAAAUGUCGUUGGAUAUACUGAGAUUGGAUUUUAAUCAGAUCGAGUCAUUGAUGCCUGGGGAUUUUCAACAUUUUUAUAAGAUUAACAGAACUUAUCUCGAUGGCAAUCCUUUGACUAUGAUCGAGGAGGGUGCGUUCAGGGAUUCGAGGAUACGUGAGCUCUACUUCUGCGAUUGCCAUCUAAUGGAAGUGAGUUCCCCUGAUUUCGCUGGCCUGGAAUCGUCCCUUGAAUUGUUAGAUCUUUCGGGGAACAAUAUUACCACCCUUCCAAGUCCAGUAUUCCAAGAAUACGAUUUUCUGCGUACCUUAAUCUUCCGUGAGAACAAGAUCCAAACGUUUUCGCCGGCCGAAGUGUUCAAUGGUUUCCAAUACUCUCUGUACAACCUGGACCUAAGUGGCAGAGAAAACAGCGUGGUGUCUCUUCAGGAUCUAAGACAGAUGCGUAACAUGCGAUUUCUUUCAAUUUCACGGAUGCCACAGUCGACCUUGUCCACGGAAGAUUUCAUGGAAUACGGGAUGGACAUCAAGGAGCUUCGUAUCGUUCAAAGCAACCUGAACACCAUCAAAGGUCACGCUUUCAUGCACGUUCGCGGGAUCAAGUACCUGGAUUUCUCGGAGAAUUCGAUCUCGUCGAUAGAGAAUGAAGCUUUCUCCGAGGUCGGUCAUUCGCUUUUAACGUUGAGAAUAGCUCACGGUCUAUCAUCUUCCAUUUCUGAGAUACCACACGCGCCGUUCAAGUUCCUACCGAAUCUACAACAUCUCGACUUCAGCAAUAACAAAAUUAAAUCUCUGCCGGAUACGUCGUUUCAUUUUCUGAAGAGGAUCAAACGGAUCGAGUUGCAGGACAACGAGAUCGAUGACAUUAGAAAGGGAACGUUUCAGGGUGAUAUACACUCGUACCUGGAGGACGUGAAUUUCUCGUUCAAUAAAAUCAAAACCAUUCAAACCCACACAUUCGUCGAUCUACCGAAAAUAACAAUGAUCAAUUUAGAAGAUAAUGCGAUAGAUAAAAUUGAGAGACGGGCGUUUAUGAACAUGAAAUUACUGCAAUACGUUAAUCUACGUGGUAAUAAAAUUAAAGACAUCACCGACGAGGCUUUCCAGAAUCUGCCGGAUUUAGAGUUCCUCGAUCUCUCGUACAAUGACAUGAACGAAUUCGAUUUCGCCUCCUUCGAUCAAGUGGGUACGUUAUCUUCGUUCAAGGUAAACGCCAGCCACAAUGAGAUUCCGAAAUUGUGGAUCAACAGCACCACGUUCACGCCACCGACCACCAUAGGUGGCGCGAUACAAUCGAACAUCAAAGUCUUAGAUCUCAGCUACAACAACAUCAGCGACAUAAUGAGGUACUACUUUAAGCCAGUCGAGUACUCGUUAACACACCUCUACAUAUCCCACAAUCAGCUGAGCAACGUGACCCAAGGUGUAUUCGGAAACAUGCCGCAUCUUCAGUGGCUCGAUUUGAGUCACAACGAUUUGAUAGAAGUCGAUUUCGACUGCUUUCGAAAUACGAAGAACCUUCAAGUUCUCUUUCUGUCCUGGAACAACAUCAUGGACAUUCCAGCAGAGGCACUGAGACCCCUGAAGAAACUCAGGAUCGUCGAUCUAUCUCAUAAUAAACUUAGAACACUAUCGGAUAACAUGUUUGGAGACGCGAACAUCGAAAGCCUCGAUCUGUCUCAUAAUCAAUUUAUGAGACUGCCAAUGAAGACUAUGUCCAUCUCUGCAGCUGCCAGUUUAUCCAUCUUGGAUAUGUCCUGGAACUCGUUGUCGGGAAUUCAUACCACGGACGCGAUAUUCAGACUAAGAACUUUAACAUGGUUGGAUCUGUCGUACAAUCGAUUAGUCAGGCUCGACGAUGGUGUAUUCUCUGAUUUGCAAUACCUAACUCAUCUUGAUUUAAGUCAUAACAAACAGUUAUUGCUGGAAACACGUGGAAGAACGUUUCAUGGCUUGGAAGAUUCGCUUCUUUAUCUCGACUUAAGCAAUAUUUCCCUUUUGAGUGUGCCAGAAUUACCACUGCGACGAUUACAAACGUUGUAUUUGGCGCACAAUGAGUUGGCAUCGAUACCAGCUGAAAUGGCAUCGAACUUAACCUCCCUUCAUUAUCUAGAUCUAAGUGCCAACGAUCUGACGGUGGUGCCAUUGAUCACGCACACCCUGCCGGAACUGAAAACCUUCAAUAUAGCAGAUAAUCCUAUCACGGCGGUUAGUAACACUAGCUUCUUGGGAAUCGCGGACAGUCUCGAGGAAUUGGACAUAAGGCGAUUGUCUUUGUCAACGUUCGAGAGUGGAGCUUUUUGUAAAGCUACGAAACUUCGCAGACUGUAUAUAACCGCUUACACUGGAAUUAAGAAUUUCAAUUUUCCUAAUCUUCUGGAGUACAAUCAUGGCCUGAGGCAUUUACUCAUCGACAUACAAAAUGAGACGAAUCUGGGGAAAGAAAUGAGAGGAAAAUUUCCGAAUAAAUUGUUCAAUAUAACGUUGACUGGACAAGCCUUGAAGUAUCUCAAUCCAGAAAUACUGAAAGGUAUAAGGAAUCCCCACUUGCAUUUCGGGCUGUACAACACGAGCGUGAACAUGGUGUCGAGGCUAAUAUUUGAUAAUGCGGAUUGGGUUAGAAACGUGACGAUCCAUGUCCAUAACAGCGAUAUUCGAACCCUUUAUAAUCCAUUGAACGGAUAUAAACCAGGUGUCCCAGGGAAACGAUUUCUGACCAAACUCACCGUGGCGGGUAGCUACUUCAAUUGUGACUGCGACAUCGGAUGGAUGGAAAAUUGGCAAAGGAAGCACAGACAGUAUCAAGAGGACCGUUGUACUACUUAUAGUGAAUUCAAGAACUUCGAUCGGGACGAAGAGGACGAUCAGUUCGAUUGUUGGGACAAUGGUUGGGACGACGAUCUUCGCGAAUCGUUUUGUUUGAACAAGAACAACAUUUCAGUGUUGGAAGCAUUGAAAACCGACCUCGAAUGUGGAUGGGGAACCGCGAACUAUGUCCGCACGUCUUAUCAUCUCGUUCUCCUCUUCGUUGUUCUAACAACGACGAUCUAUUAACUCUUAUCUUCUUGGCCUAUUCGCAUUUCACACUUUUCAGAUCGAUCACCGUCCCUCCUUUCACGAUCGUUUCCAGUGCAAACACGCGAGAUUCGUUUCACAGAAACCAUUAUUCCCAUUCUAUGCAUCAAGAACCUUGAACUAGUACACAUAGUAGAUCAGGAAAUUUUCAAAUUUUUAAUUGCACUAUUUUGAAAUUAGCUUACAAUUAUUUGCAAACAAAUAUGGUUUCUCGACGAGUAUGCACUCGAAUCGAGUGGAAGGAGAACGAACUCUUGCACACCCCCUUGUUCCCUUCAAACUUUGAGCAGCACGCUUCGAAUCAAUGAGACUGUCGGAUCAAUUGUUCAGAUACUCGUACAAAAACUGAUUAAUCACGGAUCGAACGUGUACAGGAACAGUACACGUGUGUCCGUCGAAAUCGUCGGAAUGAAUAGGAAUUGAAGUUUUAUUCACACUUCGUAGAAAUUAACGAUUGUUCUUGCGAUCGUUGUAUAAAAUGGUAACAAUGUAGCAAGGUCUUAUCGUUUUUUCCACCGAUUUACAUGGAAUAAUUUAGACUUUAAGAUUCUGAUAGAAAUCAAUAGUAAUCAUCUUUCUAUGCUUCAGGCGUUUUCUAUGAAGAAACAUUUGCUUUCAUUGCUGGAAAAUCUUGGGCUCGACAGUGAAAGAAAUGAAAAAUUAACACGUUGAUUGGUACACGAUAGAUAUAGCUACGUCUGGUAUGGCACACGAUCAUUUUAUUAAUUCGCUAUUUUCGAUUAUCAGUGUAAGUCAGUGAUGUUCAGAAUAUUUCUUUUUAGUUAUUCGACUAAAUUGGAAUGACAAUCAACGUGGUAAUAAGACUUGGUAGCUUUAAAAUUACAUUCUCAAACGAUAUCAUUACCUGUAAUAAAUUUCAUAGCAAAGAAAUUUUGUAUUAUCUGUUACGAAAACGAGAUAAAAAAAUAUGUGCUUGCAGAUAUACGCUGUCGACACGUUUUUUUUUUUUUUUUUUUUUUUUUAAAUAAAA